CAUGCUUGACAAACUGUCAAUUUAAUGAAAAUGGCAAACCGCAAAACUGCUAUUUUCGUAUUGAUGUGAAAUAGUUUAUUAUUUAAAUUACCUACUAUCAAUAAUACAACGUUAUAGUGCACACAAUUAAUCUACUUUUUAUUACACUUUUAGUUUUUAAGUUUAACACGAAAAAGAUCAGCGAUUUCCCACCAACAAAUCGUGAUUAGAUUCAAUAAUAAUUUGUUUUUGUUCAUAAUUUUGAUUAUUUUGCUUCAAUAUGAGUGCUAACGGUGACAAAAAUAGUGCUGAUGUUGAGAAUAAGACGCUGACUACGGAAGAAAAUAGCGAAAAGUCUGAAACAAGUCCUGAGGGUAUUGCAUCGGCUAAAAAAUCGGUUGGCGACACCCAAAUCGAUAGCUGCAUAGCUGAGACACAAUAUGUCUCUAAAGAACUAACUAAUAAAGACUCCGGCGAUGCCGGUGAAGAAAUAUCUAACAAGACAUUGAAAGAAAUUGAAGAAAAAGAUUCAAAUCUCACUGAAUUGUCAAAAGACUCUCAUAAAACUGGUGAUGACAAAGGCAGUGGUGACCAUACAGCCAAUGAAAAUGUAGCUGAAGUAAAUCCUGAAAAAAGUUUGACUCCGACCGAGAAAAAAACUGAUGAUGGUCAGAAAAACCUUGAAGAACCACCAGGAUCAGAUAGUAAAGAUGAAGAUGAGAUGGAACUGAAAUGGGAUGAUGAUGAAGCUAUGGAACCUGAUGGAGGAACUGGCAAUGAUCAAACUUCACCUAAAACCGAAGAACAGCUUUUGGCGGACCCUUCGGACACUAUCACUGAACCUUUAGACAAACAAACAGAAAGUAAUGAAAAAAUCGAAGAGUUGAGUGAAUCCGAUAAGAAUUCAAAUGCUAAAUCUACUACGGAAACUAAAGAGGUUGAAAAUGAAUCCUUAGAAGAUGAUAUUAAUUCAGAGACGAUGCAAGCAGAGGUAGAUGCUGUAAUAAAAGAUAUUCUUGAUGAGAAGGACAAAACAGGUGAAGAUACUGAAAUGACCGUAACAGACAAACCUGACGAAGUAACAAAAAAUGAUAAUGAAACUUUAGAAAAACAUACAGAACAAGUAAUAGAAGAUACAUCUGUAGAAUUUGAAAGUAAUAAACAGACAGAAAACACAGCAUUUGAAAUAACAUCCUUCACUGACAUCGCAAUGGAUACAGAAGAUGAUAAAAAAAAAGAAAAUCUUCCUCAAGACAAGAAAGAUGGAGAUCUUCCCAAACAAAUAGAGAUAAAAGAAGAAAUUAUUGAUAAAGAAACUUCGGAAAGUAAAGAAAUUGAUGCUUUGUUAGAAGAUCAACUUUUAGCAGAGACUGAUGUGGCCGAAUUGCCACCUGAUGCUGACUCCAUGGAUGCCGUAGACGCUGACAAAGAAAGAGAAUUAUUAAAAGAGGAUGGUGAAUCUCAAAAUGGAAUGAAUGACAAAAAUAAAAAUGGGAAUACAGAUCAAGUUGAUGUUAAAAUAGAAAGAAGUGAAGAUAUAGUUCCAGAUGAGGGUAAAGAAAUAAGAAUUGAUUUAGAAUUAUUAAAACAAGAAAUCAAAGAAAUUAAAAAAGAAGUUAAACAAGAAGAAAGUGAUAAUAACUCUCAGGAUGCAAUAGACGGCAAUACAAACGAUGAUUUAGUCGAAAACACGGAAAAUACUGACCAAAGUACUGUACAAGUUCAACUGGAACCUGAUAUAACUAUUCCAAGUCAAACUGAAAGAACGUCACAUAAUAAAGAGCCUGCUGAAAAGGUAGAUGAGACUGAAAAUCUAGUCACAAAUGUAGUUAAAGAAGAAAUUUCUGAAACAGUCCCUGAAAAUACUGAAAAUAAUGAUAAUGUAGCUAUAGAAAGUGAAGAUAAAUCUGAAAAACUGGCUGAAAAUGAAAAUCUGGACAAAACAAGUAACACAGAAUCAAAAUCGAGUGAGAAAAAAGUUAAAACCAUAAAACAAGAACCAGAAGAAGACAAAACACCAACCGCAGAUGAUAUAUCACUGUGUGAAGCCGCCUCAUCACCAGCACCAAUAAAAACAAAUCACCGCUUAAACAGACCGGACGCAAUGCUGGAAAUACCAACCCAAGAGCUUUUAGACAUUGAUGACCUGUCAUUCGGACUGGACCGGUUAGACAGUACGGAUAGUGAUGAUGAAGAGGAUACCAGUGAUAAAGCUCCGGUUGUAGCACCAGCUCCGGUGAGAGAAGAGAGUCAGGUAACAGAGAGUGUGAAUCGAAGGAAUAUGGUACCGAGUGAGAGUAUUGAGGAUAGUUUAGAGAAGAUGUUUGCGGAUCAUGCUCCCAUUGUGAUGCCUGUGGAAGAAACUAUCUAUGUUUCCGAUACAUCAUGCCAAACAGACAUAGAACCUUUACCUUCCUUUCUCUUUCCCCCUUUCCCUGGAGACGGUGCUAGUACCUCAGCCGCUGCAAUUGCAUCUAUAGCUAAUGAUGCAACUACGUCUAACGAUGCAACUGCAACGUCGUCUAAAGAUGCAACUACGUCCAACGAUGCAACUGCAACAUCGUCUAAUGACGCAACUGACACUAAUGUUGCAACUACAACCACGGCUAGCGAUGCAACUGUGGCUACAACUGCAACUGAUGCAGCUGACACUGCAACUGCAUCCGCUGCACCAAGUUCUGCCACUGCUGCCAAUGAAAUGACUCCGGACACUUCAAUUGGAGUUCCUGAAGUUUCAGACAGUUUAGGUCUGCUAGCUGAAUCAUCAGGUCGAGUCAUGGAAGACGAUGAGGAACCUGAGGAUGAUGAUGACGGUGAUGAUGAUGAGGAUUUCGAUCAGGAUGAAAGCAGCAACCAGGUAUCAGCGGAGCAGUCAGAAGACUCGAAUCCACCUGCCUCUGAGCCUGAACCAGCUAAAGACCAGGAUGGCAAGGACUUGGACACUCCGGAGCCCAAGGAUGACCAGUUCACCUUCACCGCUACUGAACCCCAGAAUUCUGGGGAAAAAAUGGAUGUUGACAAUGAAAGCUGUGGAUUUGGGACGAUGGAAUUACACGCUGAGACGAUUCAAGAAGAUGAUUCGAAUUCAGGUGCUCACGCUGUACCUACUAUGGAGGACGGCCCUGGCACUCCUGCCGUACAAACUGAGCAACAACGAGUGACGUCAGACCAGACGGACAUUGACACUGUGAAACUGUCGGACACGUCUGACAAUGAGGCAGAGGAGACUACCACCGACGUCAGAAGUCAGACCACUGAGCAAAAGGAGACUGAAGAUCAACAAAAUAAAAACGAGAAAUCCCCAUCUAAAUCGCCAACCACCAAAAACGUAACGCCGGAACGUUCCCCGACCAAGUCGUUCACGCAAUCCCCAGCUCAGUUGAAGAAGUUGGCGAUUACCACGCAACAGGAGAGCAGCGUCGUCAAUAUUGUAGAUUUGGAAGAAAGCAGUUCUUCUGAGGAUGAAAUACGAGAAAUAGACAGACAACUUGAACCGAAACCGAAACGUUUGAAACAAGAAGACGCACAUCAGACGUCAACGUCAACGUCAGCUGACGUCACCGACGUCAACAUCCCCACUGACAUCGAAAUAAUGGCCAAUGCAGCCGGAAACACGUCAGCGAUCGUCACCAAAGAGGGGGAGGUCGUUGUAAGUGGGGUGCCGAAACCUCCCCCACUUAAAUUGGCUAGACUGAAUACCAGCGAAGUUUCAAUUAAGACAGCGAGUGCCACUGAGCCAAUGGUGAUACCGGUAACUCAGGUAAUAGAACAACAGGCUAAACCUAAGAUAGGUCUAGAAGUAUUUAGCCUGGAUUCGGACGAAGAUGAGAGCUGUCCUAAAGAACAAACCGUACAGCCAGCCUCCGACCCGCCUGCAGACCCCGACAAGCCCCGGCAGUGUGUGAACGACCGCUGCCCCAGUGGGCCGGAGGUGGGCUUCCAGCCGGCGGGCCCCGCCGUGGCGGCGUACUACGACGCGCCCAGGAACAAGAGGCACCUGGUCUGCCAACCCUGCGCUGAUGUCGUACUGGCUAUGGAGACGAAACUGGUAGAAGGUAUAAAGAACUUCACCCCUCUCCUGGACUUGGACAUGAGCAAGAACAGCCAGGACCUGGUGAAGAUAUCCGACUCCGAGUCAGAAGACGAAGACCAGGGGCCUGAGGAGGAGAGGGAGCGUAUCGGAGAGAAGGGGGCUAAGUUUCUAGAGGAGAACCUGGCGCACUACUUCAAUAACACGUGGAAGAAGUACAACAUGGACGCCAGGCUGAAGGAGACACAAACCAUGUUGGAUAACGAGAUUGAUAAACUAGAGAAGGACAGCAAGGAAAUAGACGCGAUGCUGAACGAGUGCCAGGUGGCCACGGACAAGUUGCGGAACGAGCUGUACGCUACCUUCGAGUGCCGGAGGAAGGAACUCACCCCCCUAGUGUUGUUCGACAUGCCCGACCUCAAGUUUGUAGCAUUAGAAGCGGAAGAACCUAGCCUAACGCCGAAGGAACAAGCCGAGCAAGCUGAGACACAAACUCGUCUAGCUAAGCGCCGUAACUCAUUAAGCAACGAGUUGCCAGCUAAGAAAAUGGCCAUCGCACUGGGAUACACGCCCUUAGAACAGGAACAACCCAAGGAACCGACUCCCACAACAUCUAUUACCGUGCCAGACAAUAAAAUUGAUGACGAUAAAGACGUAUCAGUAGUGAAGCUAUCAGCGGAGUCAGCCCCGGCCGACCUCCCCCCUCCUGGCGAGAUAUCGCGUCCCCCUCUGCGUGUCAGUAUGGCCGUCUACGCCAUGAAGAACGCCUUCGGACCCUGGCUGAGGGGGAGGAUAUUGGAGAUACUGCCUAAGAACUCUGCUGGGGGCAACAUGUUUUCUCUGUGCCGCGUGAAAUUCGACCACAAAGCCAAGGCAGGCGGCAAGAUACUGCCGGCUCGCUGCAUCGCGUAUUCAGAACCGGCUGAUGUACGGAUGACUAUAGGUACUCGUCUGAUAGCUUUGUUCAAAGACUCGAACAAGCGCGAGUCGUACUACUCCGGCGUAGUCGCUGAAAUACCCAACCCAGUCAAUAAUUAUAGGUACCUAGUAUUCUUCGACGACGGGUACGCCCAGUACGUGCAGCACCAACACACGCGCCUGGUGUGUGAGAGCUCCCCCCUCGUGUGGGAGGAGGUGCACCCCUUCUCCAGGGAGUUUGUGAGGGAGUACCUCGUCGCUUACCCUGAGAGACCCAUGGUGAGGCUGCAUGAGGGACAGAAUCUGAAGACUGAGUGGAAUGGCAAAUGGUGGUCGUCUCGCGUCACCCGAGUGGAUGCCUCGCUGGCUCAAGUAGUAUUUGUCGGCGAUGGAAGGAGGGAGUGGAUUUAUAGGGGGUCCACCCGCUUGGCACCACUGUAUCUUGAGCUCAGGGCCGCUGAGAGGCACCGGCCUAGACCCAUGCCUAGGAGCAAGGCUCAGCCUAGGUCGAACAUGCCAUACGUGGAGUACACGCGGUCUGACGAGCAGGAGUCCAGGAACCGGCAGGAGGCGCAGGCGCAACAACAGGAACAACACAACGAGGAGAUGUUCCGUCGUCAGCGCGCCGUGGCCAAGAAGUCGACGUCGAUCCCCGCGCCCCCACCGCCGCCGAGCCAACCCAGUACUGACGCUGUCACCAGCAGAGUUGUGUACUACACUCCGAAGAACGCGGUGAAGCCGUACAAGAUGGUCCCGCACCGCUGCAGCCCCAAGUGCCAGCGGACCGACAUCCUGACACUAAGGGAGCUGCGGACAUACAACCCACUGGCCAAACCCUUACUUAGUGGGUGGGAGAGACAAAUAGUCCGUUUCAAAGGGCACAAGGAGGUGAUGUACCGCGCCCCCUGCGGGCGGCGCCUGCGCAGCAUGGCGGAGCUGCACCGCUACCUGCAGGACACGGCCUCCGACCUGCCGGUAGACCUGUUCGACUUCCAGCCCGCGACACACUGCCUCGCUGAGUUCGUGCUUAACAAGUGUUUAGUAGGGAAAAAGGAUAUUGGAGACAUAUUACCGGAGUUCUGCUCGUACAACACGGAGCGGACCCCCACCGCCGGGGUCCCCCUCAACCUGGACCCCGACUUUCUGUGUGGAUGCGACUGUACUGAUGAUUGCCAGGAUAAAACAAAAUGUGCGUGUUGGAAGAUGACGCUAGAGGGCGCUCGGACGAUAGGCCUGGACGGGCCUAAUGUAGGCUACGUAUACAAACGACUGCCCGAGCCGUUACCAUCGGGCAUAUAUGAGUGUAACUCCAGAUGUAAAUGCAAACAUACUUGCCUAAACAGGGUGGCGCAGCAUCCCUUGCAACUGAAAUUACAAGUAUUCAAAACGCUGACGCGUGGGUGGGGUAUCCGCGCCCUCAACGACGUCCCCAAGGGGGCCUUCCUCUGUGUGUACGCGGGGAACUUGCUCACUGAUGCCACCGCUAACUUGGACGGUUUGAACGAGGGCGACGAGUAUCUAGCCGAACUAGACUACAUCGAGGUAGUCGAACAGAUGAAGGAAGGAUACGAAGAGGACAUCCCUGAGAUUGACAAGAAGCUGGACAAGAAGGAGUUAGCCAAGGAAGAGGCGGGGUCUGAAGAGGAAGCUCUCUCAUCAUCCUCUGAAGAGGACAAUGCCUCCAAGAGUGACAAAGAGGACGAUGACUUCCGACCAGGGUAUAUCGGACUCGGAGUCAUGGAGUUUAACAAACGUCUCCGUAAACGCGAUAAGAUUAAAAAAGAUACAGAUGAACCCGCCUCGGAAGAUACUAAGGACAAGGAAAUAAAAGAGGAGAAAGAUUCAAAAGAUAAUAUUAAAAAGGAGACCGCGAAAGAUGACGAUGAUUGUAUCACCAUCAGCGAUGAUGAAGAAGUAAGAGAACCGGCAAGAUUCAUGGCGCAAGCUGGCAUGGGAGCUAGCGAGUUUAUCUCGAAAUACAAAUCGGUCCGCACUCUAUUCGGCAAGGACGAGGCGUGCUACAUCAUGGACGCUAAGGUGCAAGGGAACAUAGGCAGGUACCUCAAUCACUCCUGUUGCCCGAACGUGUUUGUACAAAACGUAUUCGUAGACACACACGAUCCUCGCUUCCCAUGGGUCGCGUUCUUCGCGCUCUCACAUAUAAAAGCUGGCACGGAACUUACAUGGAACUAUAACUAUGAUGUAGGUUCGGUUCCCGGGAAGGUACUCUACUGUUACUGCGGGGCACCCAAUUGUAGGGGUCGACUGUUGUAAUUUUUAUGCCAAUGCCAAAUAAAUUUAGUUUUUUUAAUGUUAAAAUUUUGACUAAAAUUGUUGUAUUUAAAAGUAGGAAAUGUUGUUUAAUCAAUUUAAAAAAAAUUAUAAACUCAUAUUUUUCGUAGUAUUUUAGAAUUGUAUGGUAAUAGGCUUGCUUCUUAUUACAUGCGACUUAUAACAUAAGUGGUGAAAAGUGGUUCUUACAUUAUAUACAGUAUGGAGAUCACUCAUAUGACUUAAAUGAAACUACAAGUAGUACUCGUCCACAGAAGCAUAAUACAACUACAUAUUUCAACGAAAUCCAAAAUUAUAUAAAUCAAGUAUUAAAUUCUGUGUGAACAGCUCCAUGUUCCUUGAUCACAGAAGAGCUGUAAUGUUGUAGGUUGUCUAGGAAUGUUACGGACAUGCGGCGCGGCUGUUGCAAUGCCGUAUUUGUAAAGAGUGUUCAAAUUAGCUCAUAGAGAAUAAUACACAUUUUGGCUUAACUACUGGGCCUAUUUCAUUUUUGUAUAUUGUCAGCCAAGAUGAUGACAAAUAUGUGGUUUAAAUUAAGUCUUAUGUGUUUUCUUUAUACGGUAUGUACACCUCUGCCUACCGUCAUAAGAAACUAAAGGUGUUAUGUUAUAAUUGUGUGUAAUAAUAGAAGUUGAACUAUCAAGCAAGAAGUCCCUGGUUUGAUUUCCAUGUCAGGCUAAGUAUUAAAUUGCUUUUUAGCUAAGUUCUUGCCUACUACUACUACUUUUUAAUGUAUUUUGUUGAUUAUUAUGUUAUCGGCUUACUCACGUAACUGUUUGACGAGGAACUCGACUAGUUUCAAGCCAUGCUAGAGGCUCAUAUUUAUGAGCAGCAUUCCACGACACGACGCGGCGACUGUCGCGCUGCUACUGGCGUCUACGCCACUAUUGUCGCGUAGCAGCAUGACUUGAAACUAGUCGAGUUCCUCGUCUAACAGUUACGUGAGUAAGCCGAUAAUAUAAUAAUUAAUUUAGAAUGUCUCACGAAAGUUAUAAUAAAAUUGUAUUUUGUUGCUUGUACCUAUAGCAGUCUAUAAUUGGCCGUCUUGUCUAUAUUUUUGAAUUAAUUUGACUACUAUAUAAUUAUAUAAAUAUAAUUUGUUUUACGUUUUCCAAAGGUUAUGAUGGUUGGUUCAUUGGAGUCAGCCAAUCAGUAGCAUUAGUAUGAAUUUGCUUUACUUUUAAAGUAAUCGAAACGAGAGCGCGUUCGACGCUCUGGUUGGCUCGAAUAAACCUACCAAUCAGAGCGAUUUUUUUAAACGUAGAGUAAACUCAUACUAGGCUGCAGAGCGCUGAACGCGGUAAUGUUUCGAUUUUGUUAAACGUAAAGCAAACUCGUACUAAGCCCCCUGAUAGUCGACUUGUUGUGAAUACGCCAGUCAAAUGUAAAAGAUCUUGUGUUCGAAUACCAGCCCUUUUUAGACGAAUGGUUUAAAUCUAAUCGAAUUCAAGUGAAUAGAUUAUAUCACAAGUGAGACUUUAUUUCUAAGUAACGAAUCUAGAAGGGUAUCGAGCCACGAGCCAACGUAUCAAAAUAAAAUCUUCCCAUUUUUUUUAAUUUAAAUUCAAGAAUAACUAAUCAUUUUCAUUUUUCCGCGUAAAGCGUGCGUUCAAAAGUUGAAAUCCCCCCGCCCAUCCCCAAGAAGGUAGCCCCCCCUUCAAGAAUAUUAUCUUAUACUCGAUUCUUUGUUUCGAUUAAAGAUUAAACUGUUUGUCUUACCGCUAUACUCAGAGUCAUUUAAUGGUUACUUAACCCAGUCCUUAACAAUUGUUUUCGAAACCGUUACUAAGGAAUAAUUUAAGUAAUCAUUAAAUUACUCUGAGUGCGGCAGUAAAUCGGCUAUAAUUAAGAUUAUAACAAUAUAGAGUCUGAAACUAUGUGAUUGAUAACAUAACAGUAAACCUUAGUACGAGUUUCCUUUACGUUUACGCGUUCAGCGCUCUGAUUGGCCGGCUCGUAUAAACCAACCAAUCAGAGCGCCGAACGCGCUCUCGUUUCGAUUACUUUAAACGUAAAGCAAACUCGUACUAAGGGUUCUUGGUGAAAAGUGGGUGUUACAUGGGACAUGUGCACUGUGCCUAAACGGAAUGGAACAGGUGUUUAGAAGCAAGGUAAAUGUGAAUAAAGAAAGGCUAGUUUUCGCCAACCUCUCUUAAAUUUUAAGGAACGCCUACGCUGGGAUAUGUGGUACUUUAUAUACGGUGACUGGUAAUUAGUGAACGAUAUUUAAACACGUGAUUGUACUCAUGAUUACAAACAACUUUCCCGAAGAAACUUUUUGUGUACUCUUUUGUGUGGGAGAGCCAUGCUUCGGCACGGCUGGGCCGGCUCGACCGGAGUGAUACCACGGCCUCACAGAAAACCGACGUGAAACAACGCUUGCGUUGUGUUUCCUUGUGUGAGUGAGGUUACCGGAGGCCCAAUUCCCCCUUCCCAAUCUUCCCCAUCCCCAUUCCCGAACAACAACCCUUAAAUUCCUAACUCCCAAAAAGCCGGUAACGCACUUGUAAAGCCGCUGGUGUUUCAAGUGUCCAUGGGCGGCGGCGAUUGCUUACCAUCAGGUAAUACGUCUGCUCGAUUACCGGCAUGCCUCAUAAAAAAAGUCCUUGGUUUUAUUUUUAUCACAAUAAUAAAACCACAAAAUUUCGCGUAAGCAAGCUAUCGCAUAAUAAGCUGUUCGCUGCGAAGCGCCCGCACCCGCUGUAGAUAGGUUCCGUUAUAGGAAGACUAGUAACUAGGUAGGUAUGUAUAUUGCAAUUUUACGUGCGCGUGCAUAAAUAUACAAAAAACAACUUUGGGAAAGUUGUUUGUAAUCAUUAGUACAAUCACGUGUUUAAAUAUCGUUCACUAAUUACCAAUAUUUUGGUUUCCAUCAACCUGAAAAUUAUCCUUAACAGCACAAGGAAGGAGUUGUUUUAGGUGCUCCAUCACGCUAAGAAACUCUUAGUUAAGAGGCGAUUUAGGGGUGGUUGGUGAACGCCAUUAAGGUAGUAAUAUAUGUAAUUAUAUUUUAAUUUUUGUGUCAAAAAUGUGUUUUACCGCCGUACGAAUCAAUUAAUGGUUACUUAACCCAGUCCUUAGCGUUUGUUUUCGAAACAAAAUCGUUACUAAGGAAUAGUUUAAGUAAUCAUUAAAGCUAAGAGUCUACAGACCCGCAUCGUACGCAUCGGACGUAUCACAUCAAACGGAUUAAUUUUUUAAACUGCGUCCACUGUAUCAGCAGCGAUCGGAUUGCCGACGCAAAUAUCAGCAAUCGGAUUGCCGAUACCACUUUCACCCCGAUUUUUGUCAUCGGCAUUACGUAUGACGUCAUCAGUACGCAUCACACGUGGCAUUGACGAUGAUGCGGUCCGUACGAUGCGGAUCAGAGGACGCAGCUCUAUGAGUUUCUAUACAAGACAAACUAAAAUACGUUGCGUGCGAUGCGUACGAUGCGGGCCUGUGGACGCUUACUUUAAAUGUCUCUGAGUACGGCAGUAACAUAGUUUAGAUUAAAAAUAAUAAAAUUGUUGAAUAUAUUUCUUGUGUAUACUUAUGAAAUUGUAUCAGUAUUGUAUUUAAUUAUGUAUGUAUAUGGAGCGACUGACACCUUACCCCCGACACCUCAGUAAGGGGGAUACCACAUAAGGGCACAUUUUCAUUAGUCCUUAGCGUCUGCAUGCGGGGAACCGUUUUCAUUGGUCGUUAACGUACGCUGCGUAAUGCGUGCGGUGACUUACCAUGCGUAUGCGUACAUGCGUACUUGCGCAUGAUAAGUCACCGCACGCAUUGAAUCGACUGAGAUAUCGACCAUGAAUGUCAUUGCUAGUUAGCUCGUAUGCGGGGAGCGCGGAUUCGGGCUAGCUACCGACUUAUCGACCAAUGAAAAUGCGCCCUAAUUAUAGUAAGAGCGGCCGUACACGGACUGCUCGAGCAGUUAGCGGCUGAGAGACAUACACGGACGGCUCGAGCGGUCGGCGUCGACUGCUCGAGCCGUCGGUUGUUGACGGCUCGAGCAGUUAGGUAGCGUGUACUCAACUGCUCGAGCAGUUGAUGUUCUUUUGAUUCUUUCAGCAGACGCCGCGAGGCCGCAAAGGGCGGGGGGGGAAGUCGGAGAGCUGUCGACUGCUCUAGAGCAGUCAACGGCUCGAGCAGUCCGUGUAUGCCUCGCAACUGCUCGCGAGCGGUCGACGGCACGAUGGAAUUUCAUCGUGCAGUUGACGGCCUGAAGCGGUCGCGACUGCUCGAGCAGUUUGUACGGCAGCGAAUGAAUGGCUAUAGUUCAUCGUGCCGUCGCGGCUUCAAGCAGUCGGUUAUAACUGCUUGAAGCCGUCCGUGUACGGCCCCCUAAGAUUUGACGUGGUGCGUCCUGCGUGAGCGAUUUAGACGCGAACGCGAUGCGGUGCGGCGCGAAUACAACAAACUGCCAAAAUGUAUUGACGUGGCCUACGUCACCAACGGCACGUGGGAUGCGGUGUCAUCAAUACGGUAGUUCACUACUAGUCAAAUUCAAUACUUUUAUCGAAAUGUCAAAAACGUUACUUUUCUAUGAGUUUUGUAGGAGAUCGCAACUUAUAACGUCAUAAUUUUUUUGCGUCAAAUAGCAUACUUACUUCUCUAAAAUUAGCUAGAAAAACUAAAAAAAUAAGUAUAUCGUGAAAUAACGAACGAAAGUACGAUUAUUUUGGGAUAUUUUAAUAUAUUGAAAUGUCAAAAUAAUUUAUUUUUGACCUAGUAAACUACCGUAUUGGCUCGAUAUUGUCGCGCGAAAUGGACGCGGUGCCGGCACGUUUUUGUUUAUAAUGUCAUGGAAAUGUAUAAAAAUAUGGAACGAAUUAAAGUUUGUAUAAAGAGGGAAUGCAGGAAGAUGAUAUUUUUGUAUAUUAUAUAUUUGAAUAUAGUUGUAUUUGUAAAUAAAGUUAUUGUCUGUAUGUACUACUAACGCUUUGACACACAUAUAAUACUGUUACGUAUUAGAAUUUAAAACGGGACCUCUAAUAUAAAAAUAAGUCGGGUUUUCCUUCUUGACGCUAUAACUCCAGCACGCGCGAACUAAUUUCCACGGUUUAGCAUUCGUUGGAAAGGUCUCGGGCUCCGUGAGGUUUAUAGCAAAGAAAAUUCAGGAUUAAAUUAAGAGAAAAGCAGGGAAGCCGGGAAAAUCAUUGGUGGCAUCUGUAUCGUAAAGGAAUAAAAAGGCGUCAAAUGUAACUUUUUACAUUAUUGCACCCGUUUUUGUUUCUAAUGAUAGUAUCAAUGUCUGUUUUCAAUACAAUUCUAUUAUUAAAUGUUAGUCAGUCAGUCAGUCAGUCAGUGUCUUCAAGCAUAUUAAGUAAAUAAUAUAUUCAUGCUUAUCAAUGUCAAUGUCAGUUGUACAAAAGUAGGAAUUUUAAAUAAUAUUUGCGACUUAUGGAAACUGUUCGAGGACGCUCGACUGGUUUCGACCUACACCGGGACUCAUAAUAUUAUAAGCUAUAUGUAGAUUGUGUUUCUUGGAAAGCCGGACUUCAGUGUUCCGGUGUUUUCAUGGUUGUAUCUACUGUAGAUCCUGGCUUACAGGAGUUGUAGCGGUAUGGGAGGUUGUGGCGGUCCCAAUUUAAAAUAGCAUUGUUAUGCCGUGAAUAUUAUUUAAAUUCAGUAUUAAUAAUGUCUUACAAUAUAAGUUUGUUUUUAAAUUGACAUGGUCACUAACACUAACAUUAGAACUUGAGACGGGAUAUUUACCAUGUUUAUUUAUGUCUAUGAGUUUCCGAUUGAGUUCAUCCGUGAUCAUGGCGCUUGCAACAGUGCCGAAAUAUCGGAAACUCAUAGACAUAAAUAAACAUGGUAAAUAUUCCGUCUUAAGUUCUAAUGUUAAUGUCUUACAAUAGUGAAUAUGAUACAUAAAAAAUCUAAGUACAUAGUGAAAAAUGUCGUCGAAUCUCGCUGAUCUACUUGAUGGAAUUUUAGUACAUAUUCAAGCAUGCGUUUUGUGUCUGUUUGUCUAUCUAUACAAUAAAAUAGUCAAUAGUUUUA